CAGAUUCUCACUGACCAACACAUUCCGCAUCGCAUCCCACCGCCACUUAGCUCACUGGUCGGAUCGGUUGAGGAGCAUUUAUCAACGCUGCGAACCAUGAUUGACAGAUAUCCGCGCACGUGGAGUUCCCUCUUCCCACCGCGGUGGGCGCGCAUGCAAGAUUCGGAAACGUGCAAUGCGAUGACUUGGCCUUUUCCUCCGUGAGGCAAUUAUUCCUCUCCUUCCCGACAACGUUCUGGACCGUCACGACCGUCGUGGACAUCCCUCGAGCUACUAAUAGAAGCAUGAUGGCGCCGGGCGUAUGAGCCGCUGAUGCAAUCGCAACUCUUCAUCAUCCAUUGGCAUGCACGGGUUUUUUAAUCCUUGACUCCUCCAAAUUGCGACAUGAUUCAUCUUUGAGCUGCUACCUCGAGAUUUUCUGGUCUGCGACUCAUCCUAAUUUCUCAUCGUCUUCGUCAUGAGGUGGUCAUCGUGUCUGGCUGUACUCAGCCAGACCAUCGCAUCAGCCGCAGCGCUGGACACGCGCUCCACACCCUUCUUCAGCAAUGAUCAGACUUCAUUAUAUCUCAUGUUUCAGAACAACUUGAACUUCACCGACGACGGCAACCACAUCAGCGCGAUACUACUUGAUCCCAUGACAUAUGAUCAAGCCUCCGCUGCAUGCAAUGGCCUAAACGAGACGUUGAUUCCACUCGCCUCACUUCGCGCCCACUCCUCAGAUUUAUCAUAUUCCCUCCGAUAUCAGGAGUAUCUUGCGAGCCAGGCCAAUCAGCUUUUCUGGAUUCAAAAUGGGGUCGUCGGCGUAGAUGAGCAACGUCCAGGCCAAUUGCGAUACCCGACCACUACGCCAUCGAAUAGUGCACGACUCCCCGUAAUCUGUACUCAAUCAUACACCAACAACUACCCGAAUACUGCACAGGCCACGCCUCCGAUCGGAAUCCAAUUGGCAUCAACAGGGAACACGUAUGUUGGAUUCCGCAACCUCAAAUCAUUCCUAUUCCUGGGCAUCCCCUUUGCCAAUUAUCCAGGCCGAUUCGAAUAUUCGACGGUAUACAACAACACUGGCCAAACCAUCUAUGCCACCAGCUUCGGUAAACCCUGUGAACAGCCAUUCUUUCCCGACUCGGCUGAGGAAUGUCUUUCGUUGAACAUUGAGACUCCAUACAUUCCGCGUGCAGGAUCGACAGGUGGCCUACGUCCGGUGCUUGUGACCAUACCCGGUGGUGGCUUCACGGUCGGUGCCAGCAAUCAACUCGAUCCGUCCAACCUGGUCUCUCGCGAAGACAUUGUUUCGGUAUCCAUCAAUUAUCGCUUAGGCACGUUCGGUUUCUUCACCGUCCCUGGUACCGACCUCAAAGGCAACUAUGGUAUCGCGGAUCAGAUCACGGCGCUGCGAUGGAUCAAGGCGAAUAUUGCCAACUUCGGAGGCGACCCGAAUCGCGUCACCAUCACCGGAACCUCUGCAGGAGCAAGUUCCGUCCAAGCACUCCUGGGCUCACCACCGGUCAUCCAGGAGAAGCUGAUAUCCGGCGCUCUCGUUCAAUCCAACCUAGGGGGUGGCGUCGGCUUGGGACUUACCUCGUCCUACUACACCCAAUUCAGCGCCUGGCCCACCAUUCAGCAAUCCUACGAGGUCGCCGGCCAGCAAAUCUUCCAGAACGCCGGCUGCACCCAAUCCAACCUCGCCGACCAAAUCGCCUGCCUGAAAUCCGUCCCCGCACAAACCAUCAUCGACGCCGGCAACUACGCCCGCUUCGUCGUCCAAGACGGCACCUAUAUCACCCACCCAGAAACCCCCGUCGGCAAGAACACCGCCACCCAACAAACCACCGCCCACGUCCCCGUCAUCUUCGGCAACACCCUCCACGACGGCGCCAGCUUCGCCACCUUCCCGCCGGCCUCCUCCACCACCAGCCUCUCCGUGGGGCUCCAAUACAGCCUCAGCAUCGGCGCCUCCGCCGCCGACUCCAUCCUCUCCAGCGGCCUCUUCUCGGCCUACAACAGCGGCAACCUCACCCUGGAUGCCUUCAACAUCAGCGCGCGGGUCGCCUCGGACUUCGGCUUCCGCUGCACCAGCACGGCCUUCGUCUACGCGGGCGCCACCAACGCCGUUUUCCCCAAAGCGUGGUACUACACGCUCUCGCGGACGUGGCAGGGCUACGACGCGAACCACCUCGGGCCCGAACUCACCCGCGGCCCCACCGAGUCUCCGGAUUUCCCGCUCGGUAAUCCGAAUAAACCCUACUUCCGCCUUCACGGUGGAGAGGGUGGCUUCAUGUACGGCGAGCAGAUCCCAUUGAGGGACGUCACCGACCUCCGUGCGAGCGAGCUGAUCGCGGGAUAUGUGGGCAGUUUCGUCCGCACGGGCGAUCCGAAUUCGGACAUUAAGUGGUUGAGGGUGAGGGGGUACUACGAUCAAAUCUCCUCCAUCAAUGCCAGCGGUCCCUGGUUGCCUGUUCGCAACGAAACGGGGCCCACGAAAUUGUUGGAUUAUCCUGCCCGCGACGCCACUUUCCCGGAGAUGAAGCAGUGUUCUUGGCUGAAUUAUUCGAUCGGAUAUUAUGUUGAUCAUUGAUGCAAGGGCGUGUAUGUGUGUGGAGUAUUCCUCGGCUGUUCUCUUGUGCAGAGGAACGACAGGGACGGGGAGACUUUGGAGCAGAGUAGGUAUGGAUAUAGAGAUAGAAUAGUACAAAGAUGGGUUACAGGGCGAUAUGCGUAUGAUCAGCCACGAUCCGAUCUUAUUUUAUUCUGGA